GAGGAAACGGACAUCACUAGCGGACAGUAGUGGGCGAGUACACUUGUGUGCACUUUUCAACUUUUCACCUAUAAUGCGUAUAUAUCUUAGGACAUUUGGUUUGUGCAUAGUUGUCGCUCUUUUAUCUUUGGUAUUUCUGUUCAGUAAACAUGACGAAGGAAGUUUUUCAGCUGGAUUUAAGCAAGUUCGAGCGCCGCUGCAACAGAAGAGCUUCAAUGGAGCAAAAGCAAAACAACGACCCACCGCGACCACAUCACACCGAGAUGUUGUCCAGAAUCCGAACUCACCUGUCCAGGAGGAGGUACUGAUGCAUCUGGCAGCGGUGGCCUGUGGAGAGAGACACGGAGAAGUGGUCAACAUGCUGAAGACUGCAGUCACGCUCAGCCAAAGAGCCUUGAGAUUUCACAUCUUUGCAGAGCAACAGUUACAAACCAGCAUUAAAGCAGAUCUGGAUUCCUGGCCGGCUUUCAUCCAAGGGAAAUUCAGCUAUGUUCUUCACCCCAUUUCAUUCCCCCAUGAGCACCAUGAAGAGUGGAGUCAGCUUUUCAAACCGUGUGCUUCACAGAGACUCUUCCUGCCCAUGAUUCUGAGGGAACUGGACUCCUUGCUGUAUGUGGACACAGAUGUGCUCUUCCUGCAGCCUGUAGAGCUGAUCUGGGACAUGCUGAUGCUCUUUAACUCCACACAGUUAAUAGCAAUGGCUCCAGAACACGAGGAGCCCAGAAUCGCCUGGUACAGUCGCUUCUCCUGGCAUCCCUAUUAUGGGAAAAUGGGCAUCAACUCUGGCGUCAUGCUGAUGAACUUGACCCGGAUGCGAAUCACACAAUUCAAGAAUGACAUGACCCCUGUUGGUCUACAUUGGGAUGAGCUCCUGAUGCCUUUAUUACAAAAAUACAAGCUUAACAUCACCUGGGGUGACCAAGACCUCAUUAACAUCAUCUUCCAUUACAAUCCAGAAAUGGUAUAUACAUUGCCCUGCCACUGGAACUACCGUCCCGAUCACUGCAUCUAUGGCAGCAACUGCGCUCCUGCUGAAGACGAGGGUGUUUUCGUGCUUCACGGAAACAGAGGAGUGUUUCACAGCGACAAACAGCCUGCCUUCAGAGCCGUGUAUGAGGCUUUCGAACAGUACACAUUUGGCGAGGAUCUCAGACAGUCACUGCUGUCACGGCUGGAAGUGGCGCUGAAUGAAACGACACACACAUACUGUGGUAAAGCGAGUCAUUUCUUCACCACGGGACUCCAAAAGUCUGUCAGGAGGCUCCAGAGAGCGACUCCACCAGGUGACUGA